AUGACUCAUGCGCCAGAAAUUAGGGAACAAGUACAACAGGUGUUAAGGAAUUUUUGGAUAAAUAUAUUUUAUUUAGGUUAUACUGUCAUCGACUAUCCUGCUGGUUGCGUGCUAGCAGUGGAAAAGGUCACGUGCUUGUUGGAAAGGUUACGUGCUUGUUGGUUAGUAUAUGGUAUUGGUAGACUAUCUUGUGGGUUACGUGCUUACAGGGAAAGGUUGCGUGCUUAUCCAUCAGUCAAUCUGCAGAUUAAGCAACAAAACAUUCAUAUGAACCUUAAAUUGGUUGAGGAAAAAAGGGAGUUGCUUGAGAAGGAACAAGAUGAAUUGAAGGAUUGGAUUUGUCUCGAACAGAUUAAAUAUGAACCCAAGAGGAUAAGGAGAGAAAGUAAUACCUAUUAUUCACAGGUGAUGACAGAAUCUCAGCAAUCUGCCACACUGUACUUAACACUACUGAUGACGGAAGUCACUGAAUAUUCAAGCAUAAAUUUGGAUUUGGGAAGUUUAGACAGAUCUAAAAAUAAUAGCAUAUAUGUCUGUGAUGACUCUAGUUCUUGUGAAAGCAUGCCAUGUCCAAGUCCAACUCGUUCAGUCACAAAUACUUUAAUAAGGAUGCCUAAUAAGUCAAUUAUUACAAAGGCUACUUAUAAUGAAUAUUCUUCUGCACAUAUAAUAAGUGCUUUCAAUUUAACAAUUCAUCUUGUCAAGGCAACUAUUAGAGAACAAAUUUAUUCUAAAAUCGAAUCUAAAAUAAUUUUGGAAACAAAAAUUAAUGAUAAUCAAAUGACAGAUGAGGAUAGGUUUAUAUUCUUCAUACGAUAUGCGUUACUAGACUUUGUCUCAAAGUUUAUGAUGCCAAAAGUUUUGGAUCCAUUUUCUGAUGUAAAAUAUAUGUGGAUAGAAAAGAAUGUAAGAUCCAUAAAAGAGGCAAAUAUCAUGUUUACAAGUAAUUUUGGGAAGCGAAAAACAGAUUUACUCAUUCUUAGAUUGUCAGAUGCAAGAGAGUUUUUGAAUGUCGAAGUGUCUGGACCUCCUUACAGAUCUAUGAAAAAACACACAGUUGGUGAUGUUAAAAAGCUAUUAAUGAUAGCUAUUUCAGACAAAAGAAAAUAUUUGGCUUUAUUCGUAGAACAAGAAAAAUUACAAAGGAAAAUUCGUUCCUUUAUUCCAGGUGGCGAUUGUACUGAAAAUCUAAGAGAUUGGUUACAUCUACCAGAUGAUGAUAUUUUACUUGUUACUGGAGAAGAUAUGAAUGAAAAUAUUUCUUUGAUAUGA